AUGGCUGCGAGCGAGUCUACAGAGGAAAGACGCCUCUCCGGUGCAGAGCUCCCUCCGCGUAAUGUGUCUGGCAUCAAAUGGGUUCUGGUGAUCUUCUCUAUUCUGUCGGCUAUCUUCCUAUUUGCAUUGGACAACACGAUCGUCGCCGAUGUCCAGCCUAAGAUUGUCGACUCCUUCGGGGAAAUCAACAAACUGCCCUGGAUCUCCGUCUCCUUUGCGCUUGGUGGUGUGGCUGUCAACUUAGUCUGGGGCAAGAUCUUUGCGCAGUUUGAAACCAAGAAAUCCUUCCUCAUUACCGUUAUCCUCUUCGAAGUCGGCUCGGCAGUAUGUGGUGCCGCACCAAAUAUGAAUGCCUUAAUUGUGGGACGAACUAUUUGUGGUAUCGGUGGCUCUGGAAUUUACCUUGGCGCAAUCAACCUUCUUUCGAAUAGCACGACAGAAGCCGAGAGACCUGGUUACCUUGGGUUUGUUGGAUUGACUUGGGGUAUUGGGACUGUGCUUGGUCCCAUCAUUGGAGGAGCUUUCGCUGACUCUAAGGCAACCUGGCGAUGGAGCUUUUACAUCAACCUCUGCGUCGGAGCGUUGGCCGGGCCCAUUUACAUUUGGCUGCUCGAAACCCACGACCCACGGCCCUCUGCUACCUGGAAGUCCCGCUUGCAGCAUAUCGAUAUUCCAGGUGCAAUUCUGAGUGCAGGAGGAUUUGUGUCUCUCGUCAUGGCUAUCUCUUUCGGUGGUGCCAUGUUUGAAUGGAACAGUGGAAGAAUCAUCGGGCUCUUUGUCUGCUCCGGUGUCCUCUGGAUCUUGUUCGGAAUUCAGCAAGUCUUUUUCACGACCCCAGAGACUCGACUCUUCCCUCUAGACUUCCUGGAGUCAUAUGAGCAAAUUAUCUUCUUUGUUACGGUGGCAGCUGCAGUGACCUGCGCUUUUGUCCCCGUCUACUUCAUUCCUCUAUAUUUCCAAUUCGUCUUUGGAGAUUCUGCGACCCAGGCAGGUGUGCGACUCUUGCCAUUCGUGUUCAUCAUGGUCUUUGCUGUCAUCUCAAACGGUAUUCUGAUGGGUAUUCUUGGAUAUUAUAUGCCUUGGUACCUCGUCGGUGGCGUUCUCGUUGUCAUCGGUGCCUCGCUCAUGCACACCAUUACCCUGGAGUCUAGCGUAGGCCGGAUCUACGGCUACAGUGUGAUCUUGGCGCUCGGAACUGGAUUAUUUUCACAGGCAUCGUUUCCAGUCUCACAAGCGAAGGGCGGUCCUUCGAAGGUUGCCUCGUCCACUGCCUUUAUCGGCUGCGGGCAAAUCGGUGGCAUUGCUCUCGGAUUGACCAUUUCCAACAGUAUUUUCAUCAACCAGGCCACGAGCAAAAUCUCGGCCGUGAUGCCCAACGCAGACAAAGACUUGAUUCAACUUGCCAUCAGCGGUGCCGGUGGGCCCUUCUUCAAGUCCCUUUCUGCUACCGAGCAGGUUGCUGUGCAGAGAGCACUGGUCUCAACCAUUGGCAAUAUCUACUUCAUGCUUGUCGCUGCUGGAGCUUUAACGGUUGUGCUUUCUCUUUUCAUGAAACGAGAGAAACUCUUCGUGCAGACUAAGAAGGACACUCCGGAGCCUUCGGUGGAGGAAACAGUGCAGGAGGUUGUCGAAACCAAGCCAGCACCAAGAGAUGACUAA